GACUCGAAGGGAGCCUCGGGGCGACAGUGGCGCCGCCGCUCUCUGACGUCUCCCUCGGUCGGGUUCAGCGUGAUCACGUCGACGAUCACUUGUGUGUGUACAUAUGCAUUACCUGCCACACGCGUAUCUAUGAUUACUCAAGUUUGUAUAUGCGCACCACUCCCGCAACUGCGUGUUAUCCGCGAUUAUUUUCGUGAGGCUCCAGGCGCGACGCGGAACCUGGGGCAUCCGCGGGAUCUCGACGAGUGCGCCAAGACGAGAGAGUGAUGGGGGACGCGGCGAUGAACGUCGCAGCGUCCGGUGGCGGCGGCGGCGGUCUUAGCGGCGGCGGAAGCGGCGGCGGCGGCGGAAGUGGCGGCGGAGUCGGUGUCGGGGUCGGUGUCAAUGUCGGAGUCGUCAGCGGCAAUGGCAGCGGAAGCGGCAGCGUCAGCGGAGGCGGCACCGGGGGCGGCAGCGGUCAGCGCAUCGUCAAGGAGGGCUGGCUCCAAAAACGAGGUGAACACAUAAAAAAUUGGAGAUCAAGAUAUUUUGUCUUGAGGGACGAUGGUACAUUGGUCGGGUUCAAGGUGAAACCUGAUCCGCAGAUGGCUGCGCAAACAUCUACGCAGCCAUUGAAUAAUUUUACAGUACGUGGAUGCCAAAUAAUGUCAGUGGAUAGACCUAAACCAUACACAUUUGUUAUAAGAGGCCUGCAAUGGACGACUGUAAUUGAAAGGACAUUUCAUGUAGAGUCGGAACAAGAAAGAGAAGACUGGGUAGCAGCGAUCAGAUAUGUAGCAGAUAGGUUAGCAAAUGAAGAAAAUCAGCAGCAUGAACAAUCCCAAAUGCAACAAUCUUCCUCUUCGGAAGAUGUUGAUAUGGAAUCGUCAGUAGGUGCUAGGUCUGAUUCUUGUAGCUCUUUAGGUGUUGUAUCUACAGACAUAGACGGUGGUAGUAUUGAUGAAUUAUCAGCAAAAUUCAGUGUCCAAGGAACUUCAAGUAGUAAAAGCACUGGCAAAAAGAAAGUAACACUUGAAAAUUUUGAAUUUUUAAAAGUUUUGGGAAAAGGGACUUUUGGAAAAGUAAUUCUUUGUAGAGAGAAAGCGACGGGACAUUUAUAUGCUAUUAAAAUUUUAAGAAAGGAAGUUAUUAUUCGUAAAGAUGAAGUGGCGCACACACUUACCGAAAACAGAGUAUUACGCACUACUAAUCAUCCCUUUUUAAUUUCUUUAAAAUACAGUUUUCAAACGGCAGAUAGAUUGUGUUUUGUUAUGGAGUAUGUAAAUGGCGGCGAGUUAUUUUUUCAUUUAAGUCGGUCACGAGUAUUUGGCGAAGAUCGUACUCGAUUUUACGGCGCAGAAAUUAUAUCGGCCCUGGGUUAUUUACACUCGCAAGGUAUUAUAUACCGUGAUCUCAAAUUGGAAAAUCUUCUCUUGGACAAAGACGGGCAUAUAAAAAUUGCUGAUUUUGGUUUGUGUAAAGAAGACAUUACAUAUGGAAGGACAACAAAGACAUUUUGUGGAACACCAGAAUAUUUGGCACCAGAAGUACUCGAAGAUAAUGAUUAUGGACGAGCCGUAGAUUGGUGGGGUGUGGGUGUAGUCAUGUAUGAAAUGAUGUGUGGUCGAUUACCUUUUUAUAACAAAGAUCAUGAAAAGCUAUUUACGCUUAUUUUAUUGGAAGAAGUAAGGUUUCCUAGGACGAUUAGUAAUGAAGCAAGAGAUAUGCUUGGUGGUUUGUUAAUAAAGGAUCCAAGUAGAAGAUUAGGUGGCGGACCCAAUGAUGCGAAAGACAUCAUGAAUCACGCAUUUUUCUCGUGUAUCAAUUGGACGGAUCUUGUCCAGAAGAAGAUUCCUCCACCUUUUAAGCCGCAAGUGACUUCAGAUAUUGACACUCGAUAUUUUGAUAGUGAAUUUACCGGCGAAAGUGUUGAACUUACGCCCCCGGAUCAGGGCUGUUUAGGUAGUGGAGGAGGUUUAAAUUCUAUAGCAGAAGAACAAGAACAUUUUCCGCAAUUUUCGUACCAAGAAAGUCAUUCUGCAGCAACUUCUUCCAUUGUCUCUAUUAAUCACUGACAGUGUCAAGUGUCUUGCUUAAUUAAUAUAACAAGAUGUGUGGUUUAUUAAUGCAUGAAAAAAACCUCGAGCAAAAAACAUUCAAUUACAAUAUGUAUCUUGACAAUUGUCUGCAAAGCUUAAAACUUUCCCGAUGAUAGGCAAAUCAAUAAAAUUAUCUUUCUUUAUGAUGCUUUUUUUACGCAUCUUAAGAGAUUGUUACAUAUCUCCAAUGGCAAAUUAGAUUUAUGCGUAUAAGUGUGCGCUCGCAUAUAACACCUAUACACAUAAUUAUUAAUCACUAAAAUUGUAUAUGGCAAAAUGUAUACUAUAAGAUUAGGACGAGAUAUAGUAAGAUUAAUAUUUGCUGCGUAUAAAGGAAUAUGACAGGGAUUAUAAAUUACGUUCUUAAUUGAAUCGAGUUAAUUCAAACUCCUUGAGAGACAUAUUGUGAAUAUUGAAUAAUUUUCUUGUCGUCAAGGAAUGUGCGAUAAUCGUUAGUAAAACAAAUCUUUGUUUAACAAAAGCUACACUUGACACUUUCCAAGUUUAUUAUCACUGUUUAUUAUCUUAUUUAUGGAAGGACAGUUCCUGAUAUUUUUUUAAUUCAGUAGAUGACUGUUACGGCAGAUGCCAAAGUAAAAAAAAAAAAAAAAAAAAAAAAAAAAAAAAACAGCUGGCAAGAAGCCAGGUGCAAAAGAAAAAAUGGUUUGUCCAUUGCGAAAGUAGAAUUGUAGUAAAAAAAAUAUCAGCUUUAAUUGAAUUAUUGUAUAAAUUUGCGGUCACUUUUUUAGCCUUAUAAGGAUCGUCAUUAUUACAACUGGUAAUAAUUGGAGAUGUGCGAGUAUUCGAAAAAUUACGAACUGUAUAGAGUUCGGAGCACUUAUUUGAAACAAAUGUUCGACUAUUUUUGGAAUAUUGCUCGGAAUGAUAGGAGGAUUGUUUGAAAAAAACUUGUAGCUUAAGUAUUUUCUGCUUUUCUGUUUUCUAUCCUCUCUAUAUGUGAGAUAAAAUUUCCGAGAUAUUAAAAUACAUUAACUUAUUAGAAUAUAUACAUGUGCUGUGUAUAAAUAGAAAACAUGUUUGAAAAUUAAUUCUCUAUUACAUUGCUGCAAUUGGAUAUUCUAAUUAUUGGAUCAUGAGCUUAUAUUAUGAGCUUAAAGCUUAAGCAUAAUAGACAUUCAAUUCCAUAGUUGUUCAAUGUAGCUUACAAUUAGAAUCUGGAGAAAUGGGAAUUCUAAAGUAAUGCUUUUCAAUAUAUUAUAUUCAGUUUAUCUAUCUUCAUUGAGUAAGAUGUUUUUAACCCACAAAAAUUUAGACAUCAAUAUUCAUAAUAGAAAGUAAUGUUUUAUAUAUAAAUAUACGUUUCUAUCCUUGUUAAAAAAAAUCGCGAUUUUUUUAUAAUCUCAAAAGAUCGUUUUCAAAUAUGAUUGUUAUGUAAAAAUAAUUUUUUAAUGGAGGUGACAAAAUAUGUAAAUCUUUACUCUUCUUUACUCGUGUCAUCAAAAUCUGAAAUCGUUGCUAGACUUAAAAGCUAUUGGCACAAAAGAAAUUGUGCAUAAUUGUGAUCAAAGUGCCUAGUGAACGAUUAUUCUCUAGUGCAAAUAAUGUAUUACAUUCGAAUGCAAAUAUGAAAUAUAAAAUAACCACAUAACCAUG